GUGGGAAGCAGCUUUUGCGCGCGAGUUUUGUAUUGCAUUUGUUUUACAAUUCAAAGAGGGUUUUCGCGACUCUUUUAGGUAUUCAGACUGCAGUGUCGACUAUACCGAGCGAGUUGCAGUGCUGGCACAACGGUUAGAGGUUAGGGGGCGCUUUUUGCAAGGGAUGGAGGAAUAGCACGCGAUGAAAUAAGAAGCUGAGGAUCCAAACGGCAAAAGACUGGCACAGCCAGGAUGCCAGAUCUUUCGGGUUUUCACGCAUUUACAAACUGGCAGCACUGGAGGCACGAAUGCAAUUAUACAAAAUUCGUGAGAAAGCCCGAUGAAAACGUGGCGUCGUCGCCGAAGCGUGCUGCACGAAAAUUGUUGCUGGACGCCAAGAAACAUGAAGCUCUCGGGACGCCGUCGACGCUCGGCGUCUGCUCGCACUGUUUAAGCGACUUAAUUGAAUUUGCAUUUUUCACGGCAAUUCCCACGAGACCCCAGGGUAAUUCGCAAGCUGCCUCGGUCCAUGCAAAGACUUCAAGAUGGUCGUCCAAUUAAUUACUACGGACAAAUCACCGACUUGCAGACAAGUGCGACUAAUUCGAUUGGUCAGACGAUUCAUCCUUACCAAUCGACUGCAUUUCCAAACCAUGAACGACCUUUUACCUUGGAACAGACAAGGCCUGAUAGUACCCCAAUUUGACUCUUCUCGAACCCCCUUCACCCACCCUAUCUCAAUUAUGCCAUUAGACAGCUGCUAUGAUACUGAGGGUAUGGUACAAGUUUUCCCGCACGUGGCGAUACCGUCCCUCAUAUCCGCCUAUCGUUGUUACCUUGACAAUUUAAUCACUAAACUGAUGAUGCCUGAAGGACUCGA